CCCGACUUUUGUGGCUCACGCAACCGUCCAAGGCUCCAACCCUCCCUCAUCUCCCACUUUCCAUCGUCUUCUCCACCGACAGAAAAGUGGGCUACAGCAACAUGCCCGCCCAACCCGCCGCUGCUGGCGGUACCGCCGCGGCCGCCGCGCCUGCGCAGGACAACAACCAGUUGUGGACGAUCGCGAGGAUGGUCGGCACGUUCUUGGCGGUCCAGGCUGUUUCCAAGUACGGCAUGGAGUACUUUGGCUUCGCGCCCAAGUCGGCCCCCGCCGCCCCAGCUGUCGAGGUGAACGGCACCGCCGGCGCCGAGUCUGCUGUUGCCGCCAACAUGUCCGCACCGUUCGGCGGCGCGACCGAGGCCACGUCCGCCUGGGAGACUGGCACGCCAUUCUCGGCGCUCCUCUACUUCUCGACGCUGGUCGACCCCCUCGACGUCGCGUCCGAGGUCAAGCCGACCGUCGUGUGGGACGGGCUCACGUUCGGCGGGUGGAAGGAGGUGCGCGAGGAGGACCUGGUGCUCGACGUGCCCGACUCGGUGCGCUCGCACAACGGGUCGUGGUAUGUCGACAUUCUGCUCGUCAAGGGCGGCGGCGACAGCCCUGCUGGCAAGGACGGUGCUGAUGUCGCCCACCACCGCAAGGAGCUCACCCGCUGGAUGCCCAAGCGCCGCGUGCGUAAGGAGAAGUCGCUGCUCGCCAAGGACGGCGAGGAGGAGCACAAGGAGGAAGAGGUUGUUGAGGAUAAAGGUGCUCGCACCAUCCUCGCCCACUGGGCGCGCAACCUCACCGUCACGGUCGUCUCGGACGCCGGCGAGGUCAACCUCGCCCAGAUGCCGCCCACCGCCACGCCGUUCUACAACCUCCUGGAGAACGCUGACGGCGAGCCGAUCCUCGCGGCGGACGGCAAGGCGACCUACUACCCUCCCAUCUUCCCCAACGACUUCUGGCUCCUCAAGGAGAACAUGGCCGAGAUCAACGAGACGACGCCGACGGUUCCCCUGCGCGUGACGUACCAGGCUAUCGGCCACAUCAAGUUCAACAUCUUCUCGUCGAUGACGGUCAGCUUUGAGCAGGCAUCUCAGCAGCAGGGUGGCGGCGCCGAGAUGGACGAGGUCAAGCGCAUGCUUACCGAGACCAACCCAAUUCUGCUCGUCACGACAGUCAUUGUUACCAUCCUCCACAUGGUGUUCGAGUUCCUCGCGUUCAGCUCGGACGUGAGCCACUGGCGCAAGAAGGACCGUGACCUCGUUGGCGUGUCGCUCCGCACCAUCCUCACCAACUGCUUUGUCCAGCUCGUCAUCCUCCUCUACCUCCACGACUCGUCCGAGGAGACGUCGUUGAUGAUCCUCUUCACCCAGGGCAUUGGCCUCCUUAUCGAGGCCUGGAAGAUCACCAAGAUUGUCGACAUCAAGGUGCACAAGGAUGACACCUCGAUCAUCGGCUACAAGGUCACGUUUGAGGACAAGCACGAGCUCAGCGAGGACGAGAAGAAGACGCAGGAGUACGACAAGCUCGCCUUCAAGAUUGUGUCUUACUUUGCCAUCCCGCUGCUCAUCGGCUACGCCAUCUACUCGCUCAACUACAAGACGCACCGCAGCUGGUACUCGUUCAUUGUGACGACGCUUGCGCAGGCCAUCUACAUGUUUGGCUUUGUGCAGCUCAUCCCGCAGCUCAUCAUCAACUACAAGCUCAAGAGCGUGGCGCACAUGCCCAUGAAGGCCAUGGUCUACAAGGUCCUGUCCACCGUCGUCGACGACUUCUUCGCCUUCUGCAUCAAGAUGCCCUGGCUCCACCGCCUGGCAUGCUUCCGUGAUGACGCCGUGUUCGUUGUUCUUCUCUACCAGCGCUGGAUCUACCGCAUCGACUACAGCCGUGUCAAUGAGUACGGCCAGCUCGACGAGGCCAAGGCCGAGGAGGAGAAGGGCGGCGAUGACAAGGGUGACGCCAAGGACGAGAAGAAGGGCAAGAAGAACCCCGAGUCGAAGAAGAACAAGUAGGCGCGUGGUGUUGCGCCUACUACCCUCCCCCCCUCUCUCCCCACCCCAUCCCUUUCUCUAGACUCAUCGCAUACCCCAUGUCUCGAUGCUAUGCAUAUCUUGGUCUAAUCCUACACUGUACAGGGAGAUGGUCGCGAGAUGUAGGGGGCGGUGGCUCACUUGCCAUCCCUCGCCUUCUUAAAGUUGUCGAUCCACUCGCGCUCCUCCUUGCCGCGGACAAGCACGACGAAGCUGAGCAAGCCGUCGCGCAGAACCACACCGUCGCGCGGCUUGCCGUCCUUGGGCGGCAGCUGGGCCUUGGCGAGCACCUCGCGGAGGGUGAUCUCCUUGCCGACCUUGAGGAGGCGCUUCUGCGCCGUCUCGACAUACACGGCCAAGUUGUCGACGUAGUACUCGUGCUUGUUGUCCCACUCAGACCAAGGGGGCGGCGAUGUCGAGCUAGCCGUCUUGGGGAAAAUCGCGCCGAGCUGGUCCUCGAAGGAGGUGUCCUCGUGGAAGUGGGUGAUGAGGUCGCUCGUGUUGUGCUGCGGGUAGAGCAGGAACACGGGGAAGAUGAGCGGCGUGUUAGCUGGCGGGGGGACCCACGCCUCGGCCUUGGACGGCGGGUAGAGCGGAAUGUCGGGCACGGCGGCGGGGUCAAAGUCGAGCGGGUGGGGGUUGUCGGGCGGCGACGCGCUCUUGAGGAGCACGAGGCCGUGGGCUACGAUCGCGCGGUGGAGCGCCGCUCUUUGGAGGGGCGCGCGGCGCUCGCGCUCCGCGUUGCCGAGAACACGCCGCUUCGAGCCCUCGCACAGCGUCUCGAGCUCGGCCCAAGCCUUGUUUUUGUCUUCGCCCUUGAGCGCGCGCCCGCGCGUGAUGACGUCCUCCGCCUCGUCCCACUUGUCCAGCGCGACGAGCGCCUGCGCGGCGCGGUACAGCGCCUUGGGCGGCGCGUCCGUGCCCAGCGUGGCCGAGAGCGCGAUGAUCGCCGACGUGUCCUUGAGUACCUGGCCAUAGUUGCGCAAGGCGACAUUGCACGCCGCGCGGUUGUUGAGCAGACUCGUGCGCAGUGCCGGGUCCUUCGGAGCAGCGUCCAGGCCCUGCGUGUACGCUGCCACGGCAUCCUUGUACGACUUUUGCGCGUACAGCUCGUUGCCGUGGUUCUUGAAGUUGAGGGCGACCUCAUCCCCGUCACCAUCAAACACGAGCGUCUUCAACGCCUCAAGCACAUAGUCGUCCUCCAUGCCCACCGGCGUCUCCUUCAUGAACAGCGGCGUCGAGUCCAACACCUUCUGGAACUCGUCGUACGUGACGGGCUUGCGUUCUUUCGCCGCAGGGCCCGAGGCGGCGCGCGCAGAGGUCAUGGCGCCGAGGAUCUUGUCGAUCGAGUCGGGCGCGGGGGCGGCGUCGGCGGCGCUUGAGCCGGCGCUGGUUCUCUCAGGUUUUGUCGUUUCCGCCAUCGUGUACUGAUACUGGUGUUUGU